AUGGUCGUCGACAUACGUGGUUGCAAUUUCAGCACCACAGACAGCUCUCUCUCCAGCUCCAACCUCAGCACCGUCGCCUCUCUGCGGGCCUCCCCGGCGUCCCAGAGCCUCGGCGGGCUGAGCCGGACCGGCCACACGGUGGUGGCAGUAUGCCUCGGCUUCAUUUUAGUGGCGGGAAUCCUCAACAACUCCGUCGCUCUUCUUAUCUUCGCAAAGUUUCGCUCCCUCUGGACGCCCAUCAAUGUCAUCCUGUUGAACAUCAGCCUGAGCGACAUCCUCGUGUGCGUUUUCGGCACACCCUUCAGUUUCGCUGCGAGUCUUCAUGGGAGAUGGCUCAUUGGAGAGUACGGCUGCAAGUGGUACGGGUUUGCCAAUUCCCUCUUUGGGAUUGUGUCCCUUGUGUCCUUGUCUGUUCUGUCCUAUGAGCGCUACACCGUCGUGCUGCGUUCCUCCCAGGUCGACAUCUCAGACUUCAGAAAGGCCUGGCUCUGUGUCGGAGGCACCUGGUUCUACUCUCUCCUCUGGACCUUGCCGCCCUUCCUGGGUUGGAGCAGCUACGGGCCCGAGGGACCCGGCACCUCGUGCUCCGUCCAGUGGCACCUUCGUUCACCCACCAGCGUCUCAUACGUGUUGUGUCUCUUUAUCUUCUGCCUGCUGCUGCCCCUUCUGCUCAUGGUCUACUCUUAUGGCCGAAUCCUGAUGGCAAUCAGGAGGGUGGGUAAGAUCAAUCUGCCGGCAGCUCAGCGCAGAGAGCAGCACAUUUUGGCGAUGGUUUUGUCCAUGGUGUCCUGCUACAUGCUGUGCUGGAUGCCCUACGGCAUCAUGGCGCUGAUGGCCACCUUCGGUAGCUCGGGACUGGUCACUCCCACGGCUAGUGUGGUGCCCUCCGUCCUGGCCAAGUUCAGCACCGUCAUCAACCCCAUCAUCUACGUGUUCUUCAACAACCAGUUUUAUAGAUGCUUUGUGGCCUUCAUGAAGUGCAGCGAGGAACCCCAGUCUCUUCACGGAGAAGAGCACCUGACACCGAGGACACCGUUAUCUGGUGUCUUCCCUGUUCACAGACAACACUCCCUCAGCUCUUCACAGCAUCAGAUCCUCAGUGGCUCCAGAAGCGCUGCCCUCUGCAGCCGGCACAAUGUCCGGCACACUCUCGUUGUCCACUACGCUCCAUAAGAGCUUUUCAUCCUUUUUCGACUGUGAAAGUUAAAACAAAUGUUUGUUUGAAUUAUUGUCCAGAAUCCAAAGUGCAACUAAAGACAC